UGAACGUCAACUCAAAUUCUCAUCUGAUCGUCAUCAGAUGAACACUGAAAUAAUAAAUAAGAGCAACUAGAGCUCUUAAUAUUUUUUAAUAUUCCACUGUUGACAAAGAGAUCAGGCGCUCAUAGAGUACAGUGUUCCAAAGGAAACCUCUUGUAUUCCCUCCCAUAUCAAGCGCCAGCGGGGUAUCAUAUUUCGCUAUGGCUGGCGUCGCAGAUUGGAAAUCGGGUCUUCCUGCAACGGUUCGCUUUGAGAAUGUCGAAAACAUCCAAAAGGGAAUAGAAGCUGCAGGAGAGCCGUCAAAGGCCAAGGCCCAAAAGGCCGCCUUCGCCGCCGAAACUGAAGCUUAUAAGGAUUCACAUUCCUUGGAAGCAUACACAGCCGUCUGCCUGGCCCAUUCUUCUACCGCUUCAUCAACUUCACCCACCUCGCUGCCCAUAGCCCCAGCACCGACAAGAACAUCUUCAGAGCCCUCCACAACAAUUGGCCCCUACCACCCCUGCCAUCUCAUUGCCACAUCACCCGUCUCCUGCGUCUACCACCACCCUGAUUCCACGACCCCCCUGGCUGUGAAGCUCAUCACCACCUCGUCUCCAACCCCUCCACACAACCCAGCCCGCGAAGCCGCCAUCCUCAAGUCACUCACGCACCCCAACAUCAUCCCUCUCAUCUCUACACUCCACGACUCCGACGCCCACCUCAUCCUAACCUUCCCCUACUACCCCCUCACUCUCGCCACCGCCCUCACCCUUCCCUCCCCCCCAAAGCUCCUUCCCCUCCUUCACGACCUCUUCGCUGGCCUUGCACACCUCCACGACAGAAACAUCAUCCACCGCGACAUCAAGCCCUCCAACCUGCUCCUCACACCCAACCGCCUUGUUAUUGCUGACUUCGGCACUGCCUGGCACCCCAAGCUCUCUACCGACGAGCCACGCAACCAGAAAUGUCUCGAUGUCGGCACGGGUGCUUACCGUGCUCCUGAAACGUUAUUUGGUGACCGCAAGUAUGGCACAGAGCUAGACAUGUGGGGUGCAGGCUGUGUGAUGGCAGAGUGUUUACGUGAGCCUCAUACGCCGCUAUUUGAGUCAAGAGGGGCACACGAGGAUGGGAAUCAACUUGGUCUGAUUUUGAGCAUCUUCAAAACCCUCGGCACCCCCGACCCCUCCACCUGGCCUUCAGCCACGAAACUCCCCACCCCACCCUUUGAGAUGUACGCCACAUUCCCUGCGGUGCCGUGGAAGACGCUCAUUCCUCCGACGUCGAACCCAGAGUUUGCAGGGAAAUGGGAUCAACUGCGUGAGAUCGUCUGGUGGCUGGUUAUGUUCGAGCCGGGGUAUAGGACAGCACCGGAGGCAGCGAUGGAGAUGCUUGAGUUGGCAGGGGUGAAGGUUGAUGGACGUGAGUAGCAUCUUGAUAUGGCAUUCUAAAUAUAUAGAAUAAUUCAUCCUAAGUUACUUCCG